AUGAUUUCAUCCCCUUUCUUGAAAAGCUUACUAUCGGGAGUAUGCAAAGAUGUGUAUUACUGUCCACAUGAAGUAAGGUUGUCGGAGGGAUUACAUGCUAUUCGAAAUGACUGUGAUUUUAACGAGUUUCUUGAAUAUAUGAAUGAAAAGAAGAGAUUCGAUGUGUAUGUGGAUCAUCAUCAUGAGCCUUUGUUUGAUCGGAUUCAGGAGGAAAAAGCAGACCUUGAAGAUGAAGAUUUGGUUUCUAUUGAUGAUGUGGAAUCCAUUUUAGAAGAUGGUCUGAAAACUGAACAUGUAGAGGACGAUGAAGUUAUAUCUCUCAAAAGAAAUUUCAAUGAUCCAUUCCUCAACAAACUUUGUCCAAUACAGAAUGAUGACUUGGUUGAAGAAGAUCGUAAUGUAAUACGACCUAUCUACCCAAGACAUGAUCAUACUCAAGAAUGGAAUCAGAUGAAGCCUCGAUUAGGUAUGAAAUACUCUACUACUGCUAAACUUAAAUACUCUCUUAGUUGUUAUGCUGUAGUAAAUGGUUAUGAUCUGUGGUAUGAAAAGAAUGACAAUACUAGGUUGCUAGUUAGGUGUUGUAAAGGAAAGAAUCCCACGUGCCCUUUUAGAUUGUAUACUUCCUGGAUAAAAGAGGAACACACUUUUCAGAUUAAGUCUCUUAUAACAGAGCACAAGUGUUCUAGGGCAUUCAAACUUGGUUCAAUUGUAACAUAUAAGUGGAUAGGAAAACAAUUUGUGAAUGAUGUUUUGGAGAGUCCUAAACUAUGUUUAAGGAAAAUGAAAGCCCUAGUAUCUAAGAUAUACAACAUUAAUGUGAGUGUUGGGCAAUGUAGGAAUGCAAAAGAGUUAGCAUUGUCUGAAGUUGAGGGAAGUUUGAAAGAACAUUAUGCCAAAUUGUGGGAUCAUGCAGCUGCAAUCAGAAGGGCUAAUCCAGGUUCACAUGUUGAGGUGUUCUUGGAGCCACAACAUGAUAGUAAUAUGGUGUUUUAUAGGUUUUAUGUUAGCUUUAAAGGUGUUGUAGAUGGGUGGUUACAUAGAUGCAGAAAGGUAAUUGGGGUUGAUGGUUGCUUUCUUAAGGGUGUUUGUAGAGGGGAGCUCUUAUCAGCAGUGGGUAGAGAUGCUAAUAAUAACAUCUAUCCCUUAGCUUGGCCAGUAGUCAAUGUUGAGAAUAAAAGGACAUGGAAAUGGUUUUUGGAAAACCUGAUGGAAGACAUUGGGGGGAAUGGUCAUGGCAUUACAAUCCUCUCAGAUGGCCACAAGAAGCAAAGUGGUUUGAGUUGGGAUUUGGACAUAUGCCCAAGUAUCAGAAAGGAAAUAGAGGAUUUGAAAGAAUUGAAAAGAUUUUGGGUACCUUAUGUGAGUGGCUACAAAGAAUUUGAAGUGUUCUCAGGAAAUAAGAGCUAUGAGUAUAACAUCCAUCCACUCAAUGACAAUUCUGAGUGGCCAUAUGUUGAAGGACUUCAUACUAUUUUGCCUCCAUUAAAGAGGAGGUUACAUGGCAGGCCAUGUGUCAAAAGGAAAAUAGAUCAGGCAGAAAGAGAGCUAAGUGGGCACACAAGGCAUACUGUGUCAAGGGCAGGCAUUCCUCUAAGAUGUACCAUUUGCCAACAAACUGGCCACAACAAAGCCACAUGCCCAAGUAAGCCAACUCCAGCUCCAAGCACAACAACUCCAAGUCAUUCAACUCCAGCUCCUGUCAAGAGAAUUCAUGUGAAGAAAGCUCAUGUGAAGAAGGGUCCUGUGAAGAAGGGUCCUUGUGAAGAGAAGUCUUGUGAAGAAGGUUCCUUUGAAUGA